AUGGCACCAGCAGGGAGGAGUGAUCUCUCUCUCCGUGUUGCCACUGCAGCAUGGAUCAUCUAUCUCCUCUGCAAUGUACAUACCACACUCGCUGCUCCGCUACCACAAGCUGAGGCAGCAGCAGCCGGAAGCAGCAACGGCACCAAUACUACCCUGAUCGAUCCCUUCUCGACACCCGAUUAUCUUGCGCCGUCAACGUUCACAUGGGAGCAAGGCGUGUAUGGAGUACUGUUCAUUCUUUUCGGAGCAAUGGAGGUACUGCAUGGCUACAAGUACAUCCGCUUCACGAUGUUGCUCGGAGGAUUCCUUGUCUGGUGUAAGACACGAACACCGAGCACGGCGGUGAUGAUUAUGAUCAUUGUCAACACCAAUACGGGCACCUUCCAAUCCUCAGGAAUCUACUUUCUGGUCUGGGUGUCGGUUGGCAUUGUAGGAGCGCUUGUAUCGUUCUACCUGUGGCAUGUCGGUAUCAUCUUGACCGGUGCUUAUGGAUCGUUUGUACUGGUGGCGGUCCUGUUUACUGCAGGCAACGUAACGAACUACAUCUUCCGCUAUGUCGUCCUUGCGAUCUGCAUCAUCCUCGGCGGCUACCUGACCCACAAAUACGAACGCAUGGCCGUCAUCCUCGCAACAUCCUUUGGCGGUGCCUAUUGUGUCAUGUUUGGACUCGACAUGUUUGUCCAGACAGGGUUCCGGACGACUUUUCAUGUCAUGCUCUCCCAAUCGACGGACGCCUUUUAUCCAGUCCCGGGGACGUGGGUCAUGAUUGCGUUUGUGCCUGUGAUUGCUGCGUUCGGGAUUGCUUGGGAGCUGAAGCAUCAUGAGGAACCUGUGACGGGAUGGUUGCUGGGCAAUGGUGCGAAGCCGUUGCCGUUGUUGCCGGGUGAGAAGCCGAGAACGUGUUGUGGAUUUGCUAGGUCGAGGUCCGCGAAGAGUGUCAAGAAGGCUGCUAAUGCUGCUGCUGGAUCUUCGAGCGAGUCGACUCUAGUGCCGCCAGCACCAGCCAAGAGCAGUUGGACAGAUUGUCUGAAGGGACGGUCAAAGUCAGACAAGACGACAAAGGAUACCUCGGUCACAACCGCAACACCAACAGAGAUGGAAACAACGGACGCCUCGACCACCACUGCUGCUCCUCUAUCGACUGACGAGAAAAAGUCAGAGGAUCCUACUGCCGUUGUCGUGGCAGAGAAGGAGAAGACCAGGGGCGAGACACCAUGGUCUGAGGGCGCCCAGAGCAGCAGUUUCCCAUUGCCGGUCGAGAGGGCGUAUUUGAGUGGUGCAGGCCAUGAGACGAUUGGACACACUGGCGUACACAAGGUUGUGAUCCAGCGCGAGGUGAAGGAGGUUAGCGUUGAUGUUGACGAGCGAUGGUAG